AUGGAAGAAGUAGUGGAAGACCCGUUUGGACUCAAGGAGAAGGCCAAGAAAUGGCUCGAAGAAGAAAUGGCUUACCACGGCAAGGAAGGCUAUCUGUUAGAGGCGGGCACCUAUCACCCACAGAUCAUAUCGAAGGGUAAGAAGAUUUCCGCUUUGCCGUAUAAGAAGGCCGCGGAAGAGUACGAGAAGCGAAUGAGUGCAAAGAAAUCCAGUGGUGCUGUUCGUCCAGUCCUUGUUGCAGUGGGUGUCGCGAAGGACUCCACCUUCAAGGAUUUCCUCGACGAUCAUACAGGUCCUAUAAAAAAUGCCUCCUAUCUUUACCUGCCAUACCUUUCCUGGGAGGAAGAAGAUGUCGGCGCUCUGUUCAUGACUUACAUGCCAGGACCAGUCCAUGGUGCAGUUGAUGCAGUCUUCCAUGGAGAUGCUCAGAAUUGGAGGAAAACUGCUCACCGAGCCCUGAGGUCUAUCAUCGCUACAGGGUGCAGCUCUGGUGCCCAUAAUGCGGUUCAACCCGACUUUCGCAUUAUGCCAAACCCCAACAACAAAGACAGGAAUGGAAAUGAUGUUGACAGGGCUCAUAAGGGUAUCCCUCACACCAGGCUUUACUGGGAAAUCGAGUACGAUCAUCGAAAGAUUGUUGAUCUACGCAGGCAUGGAGCUUUCUUGAUGGGGCGGACUGAGUAUACACGCUUCUUUGUGGGGGCAACAAUCUCAAAGCCUGAUCCCAAUGACAGAUCAUUUGAAGCAGCCAUGGUGCUCUGGGGAAAGAAUGAGUCGAAUGAAGUCUCAGUCCUUCAAGCUGUUAGUUUCGGGACGAAAGACCUCUCCGACGAAACAAAAAAGCAGUACAAAACACAGUACAGUGUUAAUCAAGCUCUGCCAGCAGUUCAAGAUACUGCGUGGCGCCGCCCACCGAAUGCCGGGGUACUUCCUGAAAUGAUGCCUGAUCCAACUCCAGUAGCAUGGUUACUGCGUAUUCCAGCCAGUGGAUUAUUGUACAAAGUGAUGAUUCGGCAAGCGGCUCAGGAAGGAGAAGAAGAAGGUCGCUGGGCUUAUUUUUUGGACACCUUGGGCGACGAUGUGGUGGUCAAAGAUAUGGAGAUCGAUCUGAUGGAGAUGGCUUUAGCGAUAAAAAAUUUGGUGGAAGGAUCUGGAAUCGCUUGA